AUGUCACCCACAUUUUCUCCCUUCUCCCUCUAUGUCACCCUCAUCAUUUUUCUUUCCAUGCUUCAAGGCGGGUUAGGGACUACAUUCACUUUCGUAAGCAGAUGCGACUACACCGUGUGGCCGGGGAUACUCUCCAGCGCCGGCAGCUCCGACUUGAGCUCCACCGGUUUCCAACUCGAACCCGGUUCGACCCGCUCCUUCCUGGCCCGAUCCUACUGGUCCGGCCGGUUCUGGGGUCGAACCGGCUGCUCCUUCGACCCGUCCACCGGCCAGGGCUCCUGCGUCACCGGCGACUGCGGCUCCAACCGAAUAGACUGCGACGGGGCCGGCGCCACGCCGCCGGCCACCCUCGUCGAGUUCACGAUUGGCUCCGGCGGCGCCCAGGACUUUUACGAUGUCAGCCUCGUCGACGGGUACAACCUGCCGGUGAUGGUCGAGGCCUCCGGCGGGUCGAUCUGGUGCGCGGCGGAUCUGAACCGGAUCUGCCCGAAAGAACUGCGGGCGGGGGGCGGUAGGGCGUGCCGGAGCGCGUGCGAGGCGUUCAGGAGAGAUGAGUACUGCUGCAGCGGAGCGUACGGAUCGCCGGCGAGCUGCCGGCCGUCGGUGUACUCGGAGGUUUUCAAGAACGCUUGCCCGAGGUCGUACAGCUACGCGUACGAUGAUGCCACAA